AUGGCUGUCGUCAAAGGCGAGCAGCAGCCACCGCUGCACAUCCUCUUCUUUCCGUUCCUCGCCCCCGGCCACCUCAUACCGAUCGCCGACAUGGCCGCGCUCUUCGCCGCCCGCGGCAUCAGGUGCACCGUCCUCACCACGCCCGUCAACGCUGCCAUCAUCCGCUCCACCGUCGACCGUGCCAACGACGCAUUCCGUGGCGCCGACUACCCGGCGAUUAACAUAUCCAUCGUUCCUUUCCCUGACAUCGGGGGCCUCCCGCCGGGCGUCGAGAACGGCAUGGCCCUUACGUCCGACGUCGACCGCGAAAGGUUCUUCGAAGCGGCGCAGCUGCUCCGCGAGCCCUUCGAGCGGUUCUUGGCCGACAACCGCCCCGACGCCGUGGUGUCCGACAGCUUUUGGCACUGGUCCGCGGACGCCGCCGCGGAGCACGGCGUCCCGCGCCUCGCGUUCCUCGGCACCAGCAUGCUGGCGCGGUCCUGCACCGAAAGCAUGCUGCGCAACAACCCGCUGGAGACCGUCCCCGACGACCCCGAUGCUCUCGUUCUGCUACCGGGGCUGCCGCACCGCGUCCAGCUGAGGCGGAGUCAAAUGAUGAUCGACCCCGCGAAGCGGCCUGACCACUGGGCGCUGUUCCAGAGCAUCAACGCCGCGGACCAGCGGAGCUUCGGCGAGGUGUUCAAUAGCUUCCACGAGCUGGAGCCGGACUACGUCGAGCACUACCACAGGACGCUCGGCCGCCGAGCAUGGCUCGUCGGGCCGGUCGCGCUCGCAAGCAAGGACAUGGCUGGGAGGGGCACGGACGCGCUCUCGCCGGACGCGAACAGCUGCCUACGGUGGCUGGACACGAAGCCCGCCGGCUCGGUGGUGUACGUCUCCUUCGGCACGCUGACCACUUCCUCGCCGGCGGAGAUGCACCAGCUCGCCCGCGGCCUCGCGCUCUCAGGCGUGGAUUUCGUGUGGGUGAUCGGCGCCGCAGGCCAAGCCCUAGACACUUCAGAGUGGAUGCCUGAAGGCUUCGCCGACCUGAUGGCGCGCGGCCGCCGAGGGUUCAUCAUCAGAGGUUGGGCGCCGCAGUUGCUCAUCCUAGACCACUCUGCCGUCGGUGGGUUCUUGACGCACUGUGGCUGGAACUCGACGCUCGAGGCCGUGAGCGCCGGUGUGCCGAUGGUCACGUGGCCGCGGUAUGCAGAUCAGCUCCACAACGAGCAGCUCGUAGUGGAGGUGCUUGGAGUGGGUGUCAGCAUCACCGGUGGCAAGGACUACGCGUCUUCUGGGGAGGUGCUGGGGGAGGCGAUCGCCGAAUCCAUUGUUAGAUUGAUGGGCAACAGCGAGGAGGGCGACGCGGUACGAGAGAAGGCCAAGGACCUCGGCAUGAAGUCAAGGUGCGCGGUGGAGAACGGUGGAUCUUCGUACAAUGACGUGGGCAGUCUGAUGGACAAGUUGAUGGCCCGUAGGACCUCGUAUAGGAGCGCCAUGAAGGAUGGAGAAGGCAUCCGGCCAACUGAUUGA